AUGGCUAAGAAGUGGCCCCAUCUCAGAGACAUUGUCUCACAUCUGAUACAUCCUCAGAACGAUAUCGAAGUAGGACUUUUGAUUGGUUCGAACUGCCCUCAAGCAAUAAUACCGCGCGAAGUUAUUCCCGGUCAGCAAAAUGAACCCUACGCGCAAAGAUCUGAUUUGGGCUGGGGAAUAAUCGGCAAUGUUACCAAGCCCACCGAAAACAACGAUGAAAGUUCAGUAGCCAUCGUUCACCGAGUAACCACGCGUAACCCCACAAGCACCAACACGCCACAGCAGAAGAGUUGUUAUUUUGCCAUUAAGCCAACCGUGAAGGAAGUUAUUAAUCCUGCUCAGUUGUGCCAAAUGUUAGAGUUGGACUUUUCCGAAAGAAGAAAUUCUGAGCCAUCAAUGUCACAGGACGAUAGGAAAUUCCUAUCUAAGAUGGAUCAAG